UUGCAUAGGUGAUCACGUGACUCGUUAGUGCAGUGGUACGAUUGAUCGAAGUGUGAGGCGAUCAGAAGGGCCGUGACUGCCAUUUCAUCAAGACUGAUACUGAAAAUGGGCGCACGAGUGUCAAGAGAAGAUUACGAAUGGGUGUACACAGAGGAACCACAUGCGACACGAAGGAAAGAAAUAAUGGCAAAAUACCCCCAAAUAAAGAAGCUGAUGCGCCCAGACCCCAAUCUGAAGUACAAAGUCCUGUUCCUGGUGACCCUACAGAUUCUGGCUAUGUCUGUCAUCUCCUCACAGUCCUGGAUGGUCGUGUUCCUCAUGGCUUAUGUGUUCGGGGGAACCAUCAACCACUCCCUCAACCUGGCCAUCCACGAAAUUGCUCACAAUCUCGCAUUUGGACACAGUCGUCCUCUGGCAAACAGAAUUCUGGGAAUGAUCGCUAAUUUACCCAUCGGUGUUCCUAUUUCGGUCUCCUUCAAAAAGUACCACUUGGAGCAUCACCGUUACCAAGGCGAUGAGAAGAAGGACGUGGACAUCCCCUCGGAUUUCGAGGGCAGGAUGUUUAACCGUACAUUCUCAAAAUUGAUCUGGGUGAUUCUCCAGCCCUAUUUCUAUGCGUUCCGACCAUUGUUUAUACGACCAAUGCCAGUCUCUACCCUGGAGAUUGUUAACUUUAUAGUACAAGUGACCUUUGAUGUUUUAGUGUACAAAUACUUUGGUAUCAAAGCCAUUUUCUACUUUAUACAAGGGACUUUCCUAGGGACAGGGCUACAUCCCCUGUCGGGACAUUUUAUCUCGGAACACUACAUGUUUAUUAAAGGCCAGGAGACUUAUUCCUAUUACGGCCCCUUGAAUCUCUUAACCUUCAACGUAGGGUAUCAUAACGAACAUCACGAUUUUCCCAGCAUUCCUGGGUGUCGUCUGCCAGAGGUCAAGAAAAUCGCACCUGAAUAUUACGACAACUUGCCUCACUAUGACUCGUGGGUCAAGGUCAUUUAUGACUUUAUAACAGACCCUGAGAUAGGGCCAUAUUCCAGAGUGAGGAGAAAUAUUAAGGAAUCAGACGAGAAAAAGAUCGAUUACUGUUUUAGUAAUGGGUUUGAGGAGUGUCAUUUAUUUGAUCCACAAAUCCUUCAAGAUUUAGGGUUUGAGGAUGAGAAAUGUGCCAGUUACAAACCGGAAAUUUUAAACAAAACCCAAAAGGAAGGGGACUACAAUUCUCUGAAUUUGUUGUCAGAACGAUUCCAGCUAAUGAAAUCCCAGCCUAACCUAUACUACACUGUGGUGAUAGAGGACACAGUCACCAACCAAGUAGUCGGAUCCGCCACUCUGGUGAAGGAAAUGCACUUUAUACGACAGUGUGCUUCUAGAGGCAGAAUAGAAGAUGUGGUUGUGAAUAGUUCAUAUCAAGGAAAACAGUUAGGCAAGCUACUGGUAGAUGUUUUAACACUACUGAGUAAGAAGGUUGGCUGUUAUAAGGUAUCCCUCGAGUGCCUGGACAAAAUGGUCCCAUUUUAUUCCAAAUUCGGAUACGUUAAGGAAGAAGGACAGAAUUACAUGUGUCGGCGAUACAUUCCUAAAUAGGUCAAAGGUCAAGGCCAGGAGGAGGGAACUGAUGCGGGACUCUUUUGUAGAAUCUCUUUACGUAAUGUCUAGAUCUCUCUUCAGAUCUGCUGUUAUAUACUAGUAUACAGUAAAACAGGCUUAUAGUGAACCGGCUUAGAAUGAACUGAUGCUUACAGCAAAGUUAUGUUCAUUCCCCAUGGCUUUAAAAUAUUUUGGGAACUUAACAAAUAUAGCAAAUACAGUAAAACUCUUUUAAUACAAACACAGUUAUUGCAAAGUCACAGAUAUAACGAAGUUAUCUUGGAUCCCAAGCUGUAUAAAUUUAAAGAAUACCUAAUAAUAUAUGGAAAUAUACCGAAGAACCACGAACGAUAGUAUUGUUCUCCCGCCUACCUCUAAGUCAAUUCUCAAAAGUUAACAUAUUCGAACGAUUUUCGAAAUUUUUAUAGAUUUUUAUAUGAAUUUUCAUAAAACGUUACUUAUUUGGGAUACCAAAGAGAGAUAACUCUAUAAUUUUGGUUAAACUUGUGUUUUUCACUAUAGAAAUCAAUGGAAAACGGAAAAUAUUUUUAAAACAUCUUCCCCCCCCGUGAAACAAAAAUUCCUUUUUACAGGUAAUAUGGACUGUCAUUUUACAAAUUUAUACCAAAGCUUUUUGUGUUUCAUGGGGGGGAACAUAUGUUUAUAGACAAAAAACGAAAAAAUGCUGAUUUUUCACCAAUUUUUAAGCUAUUUACAACUAAAUAAUUGUAUUUUAUUUAUUUAUAUAUGUUUUAUUUAUUUGCGUAAAACAUAAGAAAAGAUAUGAAAUACAUUUUAUGAUAUUUAAGAAUAUUUCAAAAUAUGGUGAUUCUUGAAAGUUCCAUUUCACCAGAAAAUAUCGCCUACCCCCCUUUUUUCAACAGCUGGAAUUAAUGAUAAUUUACUAUCUAGCACUGGAAAUAAAAUGAUUAAUCAAUUACCAUAGAACUGUUCUUUGUAUUAAACAAAGAUUUAAUGGCCAAAUUGCCAUUAAAAUUGAAUUUAAUGGGUACAAAAUGUAGGCGGGAAUCAAGAGUUAAGAGACUUAGAGUUCGUAGUUCUUUAGGAUAUAGCGAAGGUACCAGCCACUUUGCUACAACUGAGUUUUACCGCAUUGUUUAUAAACAAGCAAAAUGAUCCAUCCAUGACAUUUGUUAUAAGUGUGUUUUACAGUAGAAGACUGUGAUAUUGAUUUUAUUUAUUCUGUGGGAAAAAAUGUCCGAGAUCUGAUUUAUUCUGUUCUUUUCACCAGCAUUGAUGCAUAAUAAUCAAGGCCAAAAACUCUCUUUUCUGUGUACUGGGAAAUCGUGUAUUGUCAUGUUUUACUAUUGCUGGCAAUAGUAAUCGUACCUACAUGUACUUCAUGUAUAGAUGAGUAUUGUGUAAGUGUAAAACAUGAAAUAUUGCAUAAUUAAGUCUCAAAGAAGAUAUGGCUCAAUAUUUUCCAGUGAGUUCUAUAUGAAAUCCUGUCUUGGUGCAUAUAUUGUAUGUCAGUUGACAUCCACGAUUUGAAAUCGGAUACACUGAGUUUAGUUCAGAGGUUUGACGUUGUCAUAUUUAUUGGUGAGAUAUAUUUAUAGCAUUGCAUGUGUUCUUUUCACAGUUGGGAUUAUUUUUUCAUUUUUUAUUUUUGUUUGUUUAAUCUGCAAGAUUGUUUUAUUAAGGCUUCAUGUUUUAAUAACUUUUAUUAUGUCACAGGUUUUUUUUCCAAUUCAUUGUAUUGAUGUUUACUGUUGCCAUAACAGUAAUUAUCUUCUCGUAUUUUGUCAUGGAGGUCAUUGUCUGGCAUAAUGAUAUACAUGUAUCCAUACAGCAUCCACAUGCAUGUCAAUCUUUGGGAGGCUUGUGAAUUUUACUUCAUGUACAAUGUUGAGUGUUUACAUUUGGCCAAUAUUGAAUAGAAUGCCAUAUGAUCAUAUUUUCAUGUGUAUGUAUUGAACUCUUUCCUACUUGUAAACCAAAGCUUCAUUUACUCCUGUAUUAUAGAAAUACUGUGAACCAUUCAUAUAAAAUUUUCAAGUUCUUGUCAAUUCACGAAAAAUUAACCUCUGUGAAUUAAAAUGAUUCCUUGUUAGUUGUGUGACAUUCCUAUUGUUCCCGAAUCAGGCUUUCACCCAGAAAUGACUUCCCCAAAAACCUAAUCCAUGAUAAUUUACCCCUGUAAUUUAGAUUUAUUCUUCAUUAUCUGGCAGUUAGUUGUGUUCAAGCUUUGACAAUCCCAGGACACUUCGAUCAGACAUUCCCUCCAGAGUGUACGCUGUAGAUAUUAUGUAUGUUAUUUUACUUACAAUAUUGAUUUUACAACUUAAUUAUUGUGAUUUAUCAGACAUAAACUUCUGAAUCAGAUAUUAUUUUUAUAUCAUCAGUAAUAAUUAUGAUUGUACUCUGUCACACUAGUGAAAUGAUUAAUUGUGUAUCUUAAUUCACAUGUACAUGUAUUUACGUUGUAUAUUUUGUAACAUUUAUAAUAAUGAUUUCUGAACUAAUCUAAUAGCAUGUUGAUUUAAACAAUAUUUAUUCAGAAUACUGAAUAGAUUGGGCAACAGGCAAACUGCCUAUAAAUACCCUUUCUAUAAAAUAGAUAGUAUGUUAUCAUGAAAGAUCUUAGAAUUAAAUAAGAAUAAUUUUUAUGUCUAUGUAUUGAGAUGGAACUAAGGGGCAAUAUUAAACUUUGGUUGUGUUAUGUUUUUUUUAAUUAUAUGUAAUCAGGUCAGAGCCUAUGUUCCACUCAACAAAAUGAGGUUUUCGGUUUGUUUUUAUGUAAGAUUAACAAUUUUUUCCCCCAAAACUUGAUGUUUCACUAAGAGAUCAUGUUGAACGAACAAUCUAGCUACAUAUCAGUAUUGUUGUAGUCGUGAAUUUCAGAAUAUCUUAAUAUAAAGGUCCAACCCACAUAAAGAAAACAAAAGAUUUUUAUUGUCUUCCAUGUUUACAUGUAGUGUUUAUUGCAUUGUGAAUACAGGGCAUUUAGACGGCUUCUUGGUGUUAAACAAUUUGGUUAUGGUAUCCCUGACAGUUAAGUAUUGUGAUGUAUUGCUUUAAAUUAUGGAUUCUAGAAUUGGUUUUAGAACAGCUUUAAUUACUUUGACAGUAAAGCACUUGUAAUUUGAUUGACUUUAUCUAGGAGACAGUUGCAUGAGGUAUCUACAGUUUUCUUAGAUUCAUUUUUUUAAAAAUAUCUUUGUGCCAUAUACAUAUGGUAAUGGUAAAGUACGCAUUUCAAUUUUUAUGUAAAUUGUAAGAUUAUAUAUUAUUAUCCUUAUUAAAAUUAUAUACAUGUAUAAAGAAACCUCUAAAUAUUUGCUUUUCCUGUAAUAUAAUUUGAUUGGCAAACCAAAAAGAUAAAGUAAUGCUGUACCAUAUUUUUUUUCAAUCAUCAGAACAACAAAAUUCCACAAAUGCAAAAUACUUUAAGUACUUGUAAAUCAAUGCAUGUGUAGUAUUAUAGUGCGAACAGUUCUCUGAAGAGAUAGAGGAAUUUAAGUACAUAAUUACUGUAUUUAUUGAUAUGUACUGUGGAACAGAUUCUGCUUUCAUUUGCUGAAAAAUAAAUUAUCCAAAAUGUACUUAUUAUACAAGCACAUUAGAAGGGGAAAUAAAACCAGCAUUCAUAGCA